AUGGCUUCGCUCGAGAACCACGAGCCUAACUGGCAUGGUGAUCUUCGCACACCAUUCAUCGGCGGCAAAUACAUUGACCCCAAGUCUGGGGCACUGCAAACAAUGAUAGACUACGUUAAAGAACAUGACAGACCUAACUUUUAUCUAGGCCCACCUACUGUUGAUAUCGUCGUCCAGAACAUUCAUGCAGCUUUGAGGCUCUUAUUUAAGAGACUGAAGUUGGCAAAAGAGAGAAAACUCGAUAUUGAUUCGGUUAUGGCCGCACACUAUGUGAUUUGGGUCAGUCUUUGCCAUGAGUUGACGAAAGAUGAAUUUGCACAAAUUCCCGCCCGAAUGGCCAACAGUCUUUGGGAUGAAAAUCAGUAA